UCGUAAAUACGCAUGAGUUAUGGCGGCGUUCACACGAGGAAAGAAUGUGAUGUGAUGCGUUUUGAAAGCCGUCAAAAAACGGCAAAGGUGUAGACUCUGAAGACUAGAAACUGCAGGCAAGGACACCAGGACGCCCUAAAAGCGUCCAUGGGUGAGAUUGGCACAAUGAUGGCCGGCCUGGAAGAAGAAGGGUUGGAUUUAGAAAGCCUUAUAGACCAGGAGUUUCAAACAGCGGGCUUUGUGGAACUUUGUGCGAGACCUGUGUCAUCUCUUGAUCGUAAAGCUGAAUCAAUUGCAGAGAGUCAAGGUCAAAUCAAGACACUUCUCCAAAAUCUUGAAAAACAGCUGAAACAACUCCAGGAAGAGGAUGCAUGUGAUCUCUCAAUUAUUGAAGCACCAGAUGAUAAUGAGAUAGGUGAUGACAAAGAAGUGAUUCUUAUAGAAGAUGAUGACAGCGAAGACUUAAAGCCACCAAAUAGUAAUGCCAGAGGCACACCAGUUUCACCACCAAACCCAACGCCCCCUAUAUCCUCAUCUCUCUCAUCACUGCCUUCUGAGAGGCAGCAGUCACAAGAUCCAUCAAGGGGGGAUUCCCCUAGCACCAGUGUAAAGCAGAUGGUACCAAACACACAGGCAUCUAGGCUGUGCCUGCAGACAACCAGUGCUAGCUCAAACUUACCAGUAACUACACAGCAGUCAUUCCGAAUGACUUUCACUCCUCCUUCUAUGAUACCAAAGCCGAUUACAACUCCUAAUGACCCCACUGUGAUUCAAACCAUCUCCACAACAUUGACAAACUUGAGUGGGACUACAGCAAGUGAUAAAAGUACAGCAAUAAGCACCCAUCCCUUGUUUGCCGUGAACGAGGUCAAGACGCCAGGGCAGACAACAGGGCCUGCACAAGCAACCACUGAAGAAAGCAGAGUUAGAAGUCAUCCAGCUCCUGCCCCCAGUCAGACUUCUGCCUCUGCAAGCGCCCCAUUGUUACCCCCUCCAUCUCCUCCCCCUCCUGCUGUUACUUCUCAGGAACCCAGAAGGUCACCAAGUCCUCCAAAGUUUGUGGAAGGUACCAGGAUAAUUGGGAAGCGAUCAGAUGACCUGUGGUAUCCAGGAGAAAUUAUGAAAGUUGUGACAGAUAGACACCAGCAAGUGAAAUUCAAAGUCAAGUUUGAUAAGGGGACUAGAGGCCUUCUGACAUCUAAACACAUUGCUCUAGUGGCCCAUCCACAUGCAUCCAUCCUAUGUGUUGGCAGUAGAAUUGUUGCCCUUAGACCCAGGGAGACGGCGGAAGAGAAUGCCUCGUGGCGGAAAACACAGGAAGGGCCAUAUGGGAAACUAGAUGUACUUUAUGCUGGGAUUGUGGCAGAGAUUGCUUGCCAAGAAAACAAAAACAGGUUUCUCGUUUUCUUUGAUGAUGGCUUUGCUCAGUACCUACCCGCAAGCAAGCUCCACCAUGUUUAUCACACAGGUGAAAAAGUAUGGGAUGAUGUUGCUGAACAUUCGCAAGAAUUUAUUCAAGAGUAUUUGGAAGAGUUUCCUAAAAGACCUAUGGUGAAGCUUACAACAGGACACUGGGUUAAGACAGAGUGGAGAGGGAAAUGGUUGAAGGCAAAAGUUAUGGAGAUAGACUGCAGUCUGGUAAAGAUGCUGUUUCAAGUGGACAAUCGCACAGAGUGGAUCUAUAGAGGUUCAACAAGGCUGGAACCUCUCUACAAAGCUUUGGUGGAUGGUAGCAUUUCAUCAGCAAAGAAAAACAAGAGAUCUCGCAAGAUCUCAAGGAACCCUGCUGAGGCCUAUGUGGACUAUGGCUUGACCAAACCUUGCUUUGGGUUCUCACUCUACAGUAAAACAGAUCCAAAAGGAAAACAGCAAAUGCAAACUGAAGAGAAGAGGCAGCAAACGAAACAAGAACAAAAGCAACAGCAGCAGAAAAAAAGUCAGAGGGAUAUUUCUGUUGGUACUCCGUCUGGUACUGCAAGGUCUUCACCAAAUACUCGGGGGCCUCAGAAGUCUUCAUCCUCAUCCACUUCUACUUCAGGACCUUCCAUGGUGCGAUUGUCCAGGAGCACAGAUACUCUGAUUAAUAACAACACUAACUCCAACAACAUGUACCCUCCAAACAGCCAAUCAACACCACCUGGUAACAACAACAACAUGCAUCCACCAAGCAACACACCAACACCACCUGGUAACAACAACAACAUGCAUCCACCUAGCAACACACCAGCACCUCCUGGUAACAACAACAACAUGCAUCCACCUAGCAACACACCAACACCGCCUGGUAACACCAACAACAUGCAUCCACCUAGCAACACACCAACACCGCCUGGUAACACCAACAACAUGCAUCCACCUAGCAACACACCAACACCGCCUGGUAACACCAACAACAUGCAUCCACCUAGCAACACACCAAGACCACCUGGUAACAACAACAACAUGCAUCCACCAAGCAUCACACCAACACCGCCUGGUAACACCAACAACAUGCAUCCACCAAGCAACACACCAACACCGCCUGGUAACAACCUCAUACUUGGACAAGAAGCUUCUAAACGUCCAAGAUUCCAGCCAGUGAUAAGUAACAAGACCCUGGGUACUCAGACCGUAGGCCAGGCAGCCCUAAGAAAAAAUGGUAUCAGCGGACCUGCCUCACAAGGUUUCACAACUAUGGUAUCUGUAAGUAGCGGUCCAAUCAAUAGCGAGGUAUUCUAUUAUGAUCACUCCAGUGGAAUCACCGACAGUACAGCUUCCAUUAUCCAGGCCAGUACUAUACGGAAGAGAACAACGGCAGGACUGGUCAAGAAGCAAGACUCGGUGAUGAAUGAAGUUGGUAUUUACAACAUCGAUCCUGAAAGUAGUGCGCUGUUAAUGUCUGCAGCCAAAACCAACAUGAACUGGGAGGCUCCAUGGCUGAAGAGCUCUCGCAACUCUCGUAUCAGCGACCAGGCACCAAUAGUUAAAAUUCCUGCCAACAACAAGCGUGCACAUGAUGUUGCUACCCUGAUUCAACAGAGGCUCAUGGUGCAGAAAGCUGUCCCUAAUGUCAUAAGACAACCAGACCCCAUCAUACCACUCCUGCCCAAGCCGGCAGUUGUUGGGCCUCACAAAUGUGGACCUCACUGUGGUAUCAGUGAAACACUGGACAGGGCAGAGCUCAUAAACCACAACUUCCUUUCCAUCCCACUGCUGUGCAACUGGAAAAGGGAGUUCAGUCGGCGUCACCCUAAGGGCCGUAAAGAAGUUUAUUACCGGGCUCCCUGUAACAGAAGACUUAAAUCAAUAGCUGAAGUUGGACAAUAUUUGACGACCACAUGCACAAGAAAUGUGACAAUUGACCAGUUCAGCUUUGACCCUGAGAUCUCAUGUUCAGACACAGCAAUAUCUUCUACUAUACCAAUUAUCCCGGACAUCUCUCAUGGAACAGAAAACCUCCCUAUUACGGUCGUGAAUGAACUAGACAACACAUACCCACCUCCUAUUGACUAUGUCAGUAAUAGAAUCCGUGCUGAGGGUGUGAGCAUCAACUUGGACCCAGGUUUCCUGGCAUGCUGUGACUGCACUGAUAACUGCCAGGAUAAGUCUAAGUGCUCAUGUGCACAGCUAACUAUAGCUGCAUCUGGAGCCAUUGAUGGCAAGGAAGACAACACAUGCAGCUAUGAGUACCGCAGACUCAUGGAUUGUAUUCCCACUGGCAUCUACGAGUGCAAUUCAAACUGCGCCUGUAGCAGCCAAUGUUUCAACCGAGUGGUGCAGAAUGGCAUUCAGCUGAGGCUACAGGUGUUCAAGACCAAGAGCCGGGGUUGGGGUCUCCGCACUCUAGACGACGUGCCAUGUGGGACAUUUAUUUGUACCUACUCGGGACAGAUCAUGAAUGAGGAGAUGGCUAAUAAGGAGGGUCGUGAUUAUGGGGAUGAGUACCUGGCAGAGCUGGAUCAUAUCGAGGUCGUCGAGAAGAUUAAAGAGGGCUAUGAAUCUAGUGUCUCUGAUCUCGAGGAUGACAGUGUUAUCUACAAGACCCUGGAGGGAGGGGACGGGAGUGGCUCUGACAACAGCCAAGGGUUCGACUCCGAUGCAGAAUCGUCCGAAAGUGAUUCCGUGAUCAGCAAUGAAAGCUUUACGUCCAGCAUGUGCUCCUCAACGGAUGGUUUCAACAAAAGAGAAAAGCGCACAAGAAAAAAGCCCAACCAACAGAAGGGAUCUACCUUAGAUGAGCAGAAGUCAAAAGGAACAGUCACCAUGAACCAAGAAGAGUGGUGUAUUGCUCCAGGGAACGCCCACCCAGGGUCCAUCGUGCUCCGAAGAAUCAGUUCUUCAAGUGCUUCAGAUUCCGAUAAAAAGUCCAAACCCUCGCAACAGGAAGCUAAGAUGGACUUGGACGGCGCAAGUCAGACAAGUGACUUCGAGUUUGAAGAUGUUAGUGAUGGAGUUUAUGAUCAUAUGAUAACUAUUGCUAAAGAAAACACACAGGGUUUCCCUAAAAAGCCAUCCAAAGAUUCGGUGAAGGUGAUCGACUUGACGAGUGAGGGUGAGGAUGAAGACAUAACUGGCGAUGUGAGUGGCGACGCAAGGAAGUCACGAUUCCUGCUGAGUAGCGGCAACAUGUUUGAUCAGCUUAUCUUGGGCAUGGACAAUGCCGGCGGUAAAAAGGGAGAUGUUGAUGGAGUCAAAGUUAGAAAGGAAACGGAAGAACCUGACUUAAAGAUAUCAGAUGUUAAGGGUAAUCAAGCUGGGAAAUCUGGCAGGAAUGAUGAUUUAGAAGCAACGCGGGAUACUCAGGCGAGCGCAAAUGCAGCAGAGGUGAAGUCUUGCUGUGCGGAUGUAGACAAUGAGUCUGCUUUAGGUACGAGUGUACAAAGUGCGAAAGCAAUUGAUACUAGAAAAUUGGACAAGUCGCAAGAAGAUCAUCUGGCAAGCGAUCCUUAUGGGAAGGAGAUCUCCGCUCCUGAGCAAGGUGACGAAAGUGAUGUUAAUGUAGAGAUCACUGCAACAGAGAAAAAGCCAGUCACUCCUGAAAAUACAAAAGAUCUGAAGGGAAAGAGCCGUGAUGAUAUUGAUAAAGAGGCUAGGGGCGCAGCUUCCGACUUGGAGUUGGACUUGAGAGAUAGUACUAAUAGUAGCAUUGAUACCAAGAACCCUCAGGAUUCGAGUAAAAAAGAGGAUGCCCAUCUUUCUACAGACACGAAUCUCUUAUGCAGUGAUGCAUCACCUGAAGACAAGACGACUAAAGAAGCUAAAAGUGUGAGCGAAACAACGCCCGACACAAGUUCGGAAGAAUCUACGGGAAAACUAGAGACAAAAUACAAUGCAGAUACAAUUGAUAUACAAAAGACCUCUGGUUCAUCAACAAUUGAUGUAGUUAAAGACGCUAAUACUGACGAAGCUGUUACAGAAUGCAAGGGAACUGUUUCCACUGCAGCACUUAUAUCGGAAAUGAAACCCAUACAUACUUUGGAUGUCAAUACGUCAAUAGGACUUGAAGAAGACACGUCACAAAAUUGUGGUGAUCAUAGUAAAAAAGGAAGUGAAGGGGAAGAUACUCCGAUGGACAUCGAUAGUAAUAGCCCUUCUGAGACGGUAUCUGGCAAUAAUCUUCCAGCAAAGUCUCAAGAACGUCCUUUUGAUCGCCCGUCUAGCUCAGAGACCGCUGUUGACUCAGUGCCAGACCUAAUAUCAGCAGAUGACCUGAGCAAACUUGCCGCUCAAAAACCUAAACCGGACCAAGAACCACCCACACUUACCAAGGUAACCGCAGACGACUCACGGCUCAUCAACCUGCAAGAUAUGAUUUCAAGACUCAAGUCUCGGGGCGUGGCACCGGAGACCGAUGGGGGGGACCCUGUGGAGAAUGCCUCUACCCCCAUGGAUGACUUGCCGCUGUUCUCUGCAUCUCCUGCUGCAGACGUGGAAUCCUUCCCGCCGUCUCCGGCUAGUCUACACUCCGAGUCUUCCUUCGGGGCAGAUUCACUCGAGACCAGGUCGUCUGAGGCAUCAUUUGAGCAGUCUUCUGCGCAUGCGCGACGGGCUCGUAGGUUUAUAGUGACAAAGAAAUCGAACCACCAAGCUACAGUGUCGAUGCCUCGUCUGUUCCGAUCAACACAGCCUGGAAAGCGUCCAGUCAGUCCUGCGGUGGAAGAUUCGACCAAGCGUCCCACUACUAGGAGUCUGUUCGGCGAAGAGCACUGUUACGUGAUUGACGCCAAAGCUUAUGGCAACUGUGGGCGCUACCUUAACCAUAGUUGCUCUCCGAAUCUGUUUGUUCAGAAUGUGUUCAUCGACACCCACGAUCUACGGUUCCCUUGGGUUGCUUUCUUCGCCCAACAUAAUAUCCCCGCUGGCUCGGAGCUAACUUGGGACUACAUGUACGAGGUUGGCAGCGUCCAGGACAAGGAGCUAAGAUGCUAUUGUGGCUCGUCAGAAUGCCGUGGCAGACUACUAUGAUGGCCCCAAAGUACCGCAGUCAUAACAGAAAUACCUUAGAAGACUAUUAAUGCGGUGAAAGACCUGCCCUUUGGACUUUUGCCAGUUGAACUGUACAGACCAAACCAGAUCAAACAUUCGAUCAUUUACUGAUUAUUCACUGAUCAUUCAUAUUCCGUCUCAUUGUUAAGUAAUUUAGGUAACUGUUUUACAUUUGCAUCUUGGGGAGAUCUCCAUGUCACUGUAAUUCUCUGCCGGCUGUUGUUGUAAGCUGGGUGCUUGCGGUAUGGACCUUUGCUUCCAGCGUAAUUUAGCUGUUACCUUACAGAGGUUCCACGAGACCCAGGGAAAAAAUAAGCAUCUCUUGUCCAGAACAUUGUUAUGUCAUGACUAUGUAUGUAAAAUCCGUGUGCGACUUCAGGAAUGUUCAUAUGAUAUUUUCUUAUCGUUUCACAUUUUUAUUAACUACAACAAUAAUCAGAGAAUAAACAAUGUUGUUUUAA